UGGUGGUUGUUCACUUCUUUUCCUUCUGCCCAACACUCUAACACUUAACAGUACUUUUUUACCCUCUCUCUCUCUCUCUGUCUCAAUAAAUACUCAUACAGACCUUCUUCUUCUUCUUCACAAACUCUCACACUCUCAAAAACCUUUCUUCUUCUUCUUCUUCUUCUUCAUCAUCAUCAUCCCCUUAAACCCUUUUCAUAUUUAAUAUCCCAUUCUCCUCAUCCCUUCACAACACGACUAAAACACACAGUCACACCAAAGCCUGUUCCUCACUGUGGCGUUUUUAGUUCCCUUUUUCCUCAGUGUGAAUCCAAAAUACGAAAACCUGUCUGUUUUUCUUUGACUUACUUACCCUUUACCCUAUUUUGCCUCCACUUUCUUAUCCUAUAAAAUCCCCCCAUUGCUUCCGGAGUUUGAUGCUGAAUCUGCCAUGGAGGAUACUCUUUUUUCUCCUGUUAAAUUCACAGAGCACCGUAACUUCACCAACAAAUUUUCCGCUAAGAAACAUCACCAAUCCGAAAGUAGAGUCGUGCGGAUUUCGGUAACCGACCCUGAUGCCACGGAUUCAUCCAGUGAUGAAGAUGACUUUUUUGAGAGGCAGAGAGUGAAGAAAUACAUCAAUGAGAUCAAAAUCCAAAGUGGGUGUCGGAAUAAUCUUCUACCCAGCUGUCGGAAGAGGCCUGCCGGUGACCGUUCUGAGUUUCGGCGCCAGGGGAAGGUGGUUCCUCCUACGAAUGGGAAGAAAUUUCGUGGUGUACGGCAACGGCCGUGGGGGAAAUGGGCGGCGGAGAUUAGAGAUCCGGCUCGUCGUGUACGGCUCUGGCUUGGGACUUACGAUACGGCGGAGGAAGCUGCGAUGGUUUAUGAUAACGCUGCCAUUCAGCUCCGUGGACCGGAUGCUUUAACGAACUUUGCAACACCUCCGGCGGUUCCGAUGCCGGAGAAGGAAGUUGAGACGACUAAUAUCCCAUCUGUUUCCGGUUCUUAUUACGAUUCCAGUGAGGAGUCUCACAAUUUAUCAUCGCCGACUUCGGUUCUUCACUUCAGAACACCGUCACCGGAAGAAUCCGAAAAACCCCCAAAGUCCGAUGACUUGCAGAAACCGCCAGCGCCAUUUGUUGACGAUCAAUUUCACGAAUGUCAAGGCGAAACUUCUUUCUCAGAGGAGUACCACACCGAGUUCCCCAGAUUCGACUAUGAUUUCAAGUUUCCAAGCCCCGAAUCGCCGAUCUUCUUGGACGACCAGCCACUAUUCUUCGAAGACAGCAUAUGGAACGAUGAUUUCAGUGAAAUUUUCACCAACUUGCCUGAAGAUUUUGGGUCUCCAUUGUUGUCUUCUUCUUCGAUCGGUCAAGGGGGCGAUGACUAUUUCCAAGAUAUUUUAACUGGGUCGGACCCUUUGGUGGUUUUGUAAGCGACGGACCAUGGGCUGCCGACGGCCGCGGACCACCGUUAUGUCGGCGGAAUUUUGUUUCCCAUGGACGCAUUUCUCAAAAAAGGCCAAUUUUGCGACGUUUGCUUUACUAUUAUUAUUUUUUUUUUGGUAUACUUUUCCUUACCUGUUUACAUAUUCUGGGAAGUUGAGUGGACCAGUUUUGCUAGAGAUAUUUAUUCUUUUUUUUUUUUUUCUUUUCUUUUUUAAAAUUUUGAUUUAAGUCAAUAAUUAGGCUUUGUCAUUUAAGAGUGUAUAAUGUGGAAGAGCUUUGUAUAAUUAUAUAUCUCCAAUUUUCGAAAUCUAA